ACCGAACCUUCCCUAAAUACCGAUGUUAGUUCAACGUUCAAACGCUUCCAUUCAACAAUCCCCAGCUUUCUUCCUCCCUAUUGUGACUGUAUCAGAUUCUUCAUCUUCCGUUUCUCCACUCCUCUCUGUAAAAUCAAGUCACCAUGGUUAACUUCACCGUAGACCAGAUUCGUGGUCUUAUGGAUCGGCCAACCAACAUUCGUAACAUGAGUGUCAUCGCUCAUGUCGAUCACGGAAAAUCUACACUGACCGACUCGCUGGUUUCGAAGGCUGGUAUCAUUGCUAGCGCAAAAACUGGUGAUGUGCCAUUCACCCACACAAGACCAGAUGAAAAAGAACGUGGUAUCACCAUCAAAUCAACCGCCAUAUCGAUGUACUUCGAGCUCAACAAGGAUGAAGUCGAUGCAAUCAAGCAAAAGACAGUCUGUGCGUUUCCAAACCCUGAGCUAUCCGCAUGUUGGCUGAUAUGCGAUCGCUCAGGAAACGAAUUCUUGAUCAACUUGAUCGACUCUCCUGGCCACGUCGACUUCUCUUCCGAAGUCACUGCUGCCCUCCGUGUCACCGAUGGUGCCCUCGUCGUUGUUGACUGUGUUGACGGUGUUUGUGUACAAACCGAAACCGUUCUUCGUCAAGCUCUGACGGAACGUAUCAAACCCGUCGUCAUCAUCAAUAAGGUCGACCGUGCCUUGCUCGAAUUGCAGGUCGACAAGGAAUCCCUCUACCAAUCAUUCCGCCGUACCAUUGAGAGUGUGAAUGUUAUUGUUUCCACUUACAAUGACGUUGCCCUCGGUGACGUCCAGGUUUACCCCGAUAAGGGUACCGUCGCUUUCGGUUCUGGUCUCCACGGAUGGGCCUUCUCGUUGCGUCAAUUCGCCUCCCGAUAUGCGAAGAAGUUCGGUGUUGACAAGGAGAAGAUGAUGGACAAGUUGUGGGGAGACAAUUUCUUCAACCCUGCCACUCGUAAAUGGUCCACCAAGAACACAGAUGCUGAUGGCAAGCCUCUAGAACGUGCCUUCAACCAGUUCAUUCUUGAUCCCAUCUUCAAAAUUUUCGAUGCCGUUAUGAACCACAAGAAGGACGCCAUCGGUCCCAUACUCGAGAAGCUUGAGAUUAAGCUUGCUCAGAAUGAGCGCGACCUCGAAGGAAAGGCCCUGCUUAAGGUCGUCAUGCGUAAAUUCUUGCCCGCCGGCGACUCCCUCCUGGAAAUGAUUGUUAUCAACCUACCCUCUGCCGCCACUGCUCAAAAAUACCGUGUCGAGACCCUCUACGAAGGUCCUAUGGACGACGAGUCUGCCCUCGGUAUUCGUGACUGUGACCCCAACGGCCCGCUCGUUCUUUACGUCUCCAAGAUGGUGCCGACUUCAGAUAAAGGUCGUUUCUUCGCCUUCGGUCGUGUCUUCUCUGGUACCGUCCGUUCAGGACCCAAGAUUCGUAUUCAAGGUCCCAACUACAUUCCCGGAAAGAAGGAUGACCUCUUCGUCAAAUCUAUCCAGCGUACCGUACUCAUGAUGGGUCGUUCCAUUGAGCCCAUCGAGGACUGUCCCGCUGGUAACAUCGUUGGUCUUGUCGGUAUCGAUCAAUUCUUGUUGAAGAGCGGUACUCUCACCACCUCGGAAACUGCACAUAACAUGAGGGUCAUGAGGUUCUCCGUCUCUCCCGUCGUGCAGGUCGCCGUUGAAGUCAAGAGCGCUGCCGAUCUUCCCAAGCUCGUCGAAGGUCUUAAGCGUCUCUCCAAGUCCGACCCAUGUGUCCAAACAUCGAUGUCGGAAACUGGUGAGCACAUUGUCGCUGGUGCCGGUGAGCUUCACUUGGAAAUUUGCUUGAAGGACCUUCAAGAAGAUCACGCUGGUGUUCCCCUCAAGAUCUCCGACCCCGUUGUUCCCUACCGUGAGACCGUCAGAGCGGAGUCUUCGAUUGUCGCUCUUUCGAAAUCGCAGAACAAGCACAAUCGCCUCUACGCCAAGGCUCUGCCUCUCGAAGACGACCUCUCCAAGGCCAUUGAGGAGGGCAAGAUUAACGCUCGCGACGAUUUCAAGGUUCGUGCGCGUGUCCUCGCCGAUGAGUUCGGAUGGGAUAUUACUGACGCCAGGAAAAUAUGGUGUUUCGGUCCUGACACUACCGGUCCCAAUCUGUUGGUCGAUGUUACAAAGGGUGUUCAGUACUUGAACGAAAUUAAGGAUUCUUGCGUUGCCGCAUUCCAGUGGGCUACUAAGAAAGGAGUCUGCGCUGAAGAGAACAUGCGUGGUAUUCGUAUCAACAUUCUCGAUGCUACUCUGCACGCUGAUGCCAUUCACCGUGGUGGAGGGCAGAUCAUUGCUACAUGCCGUCGCGUUUGCUACGCUGCUUGCUUGCUUGCCACGCCUGGUCUCCAGGAACCUGUUUUCUUAGUCGAGAUUCAGUGCCCCGAAAGUGCCAUCGGUGGUAUCUACUCUUGCUUGAACAAACGUCGAGGACAGGUUUUCUCUGAGGAGCAGAGGCCCGGAACACCUAUGUUCACUGUCAAGGCUUUCCUCCCUGUCGCUGAAUCUUUCGGCUUCAACGGUGAACUCCGAUCACAUACUGCCGGACAGGCCUUCCCUCAAUGUGUUUUCGACCACUGGGAGUUGGUGCCUGGAUCUCCUCUUGACAAGGGCAGCAAGAUCGAGGAAGUCGUCACCAAAAUCCGUACCCGUAAGGGUCUCAAGCCUGAGAUUCCUUCUCUCGAUACCUACUACGACAAACUAUAGAUUUCUUUCUGCUUUAGUGGUUUAAGUUAUCAACAACUUACAACAUCGGAUCAUGUAGUCCUAUUGUACUAAACUCUUGUAAUAGUACCUGGGUAUAUUAUAAUGAAUGGGCUGAGUGUUUCCCAA